UUUUGCAUUUUUUUUCUCAAAUGACACAUUUUGCGCCAUUUUUAUUCAAAAUUUGAUGAGACUGUGCCAUAAACGAUUCCAAACCUGUGUUGGUUGAUGACGAGUUCCAAGAGCACCAAAAGCAACGACAAAGUUCAAAUUACCAAAGAACAAGAGGAAGAGUUCCGUGAAGCUUUUACUUUAUUUGAUAAAGAUGGGGAUGGCAACAUCACCGUAAAAGAACUCGGUACAGUUGUUCGUUCGUUGGGCCAAAGCCCUACUGAAGCAGAGUUGAGAGAAAUGAUAGCAGAGGUAGAUAAGGACGGAAACGGUACUAUUGAUUUUCAAGAGUUUCUUGACUUGAUGUCGAGGCAUAUGAGACAAGCAGACACCGAAGAAGAAAUUCGAGAAGCGUUCAAAGUUUUUGACAAGGUGUGUGUGCAAGAUGGAAAUGGCUAUAUUUCUGCUGCAGAGCUUCGUCAUGUCAUGACUAGCCUAGGAGAAAAACUUACCGAUGAAGAGGUUGAUGAAAUGAUACGAGAGGCCGAUAUGGAUGGAGAUGGUCAGAUCAACUAUCAGGAGUUUGUCAAGAUGAUGAUGAUUCGGUAGAGUGGAACAUGAUACAUGUCUCGUACGCAUUGAAAAGAUUUACUGAAAGACAAACAACCAGUAAACGUUGUUUUUUUUGUAUCUACAAAUGAGUAUCUAAUU